AUGGCGGUGGGGGCUCUCGAGCCCGAAGCGCCCGGCUCUCUCCCGCCGCGCCGCUCCCCUCCGAGCCCAACAAAGCCGCCGCUCCGCCGCCCCCUCCCCACCGCCGCACCUUGCCCCCGCUGCCAGCCGAGCUCUCCGCCGCGCUGCCGGGGGAGGCGACCGGAGGGGGGGGCAGCGGCGGCGCCUCUCCCGUGUCCCGGUCCUCUCAGGAGGCCGGGCGGCUCGGGGCGGCGGCAGCGGCCGGCAGGGGGCGCUGGCGUUCCGCGGCCGCCUCAGCGGCACCACCGGGCAGAGGAUGCCGUCCUCGCCGCCUUCCCGCCGGACCGAGCUCCGCCGCCUUCCCCCGCUCCUGGCCGGCGGAAAGCAUCCAGCUGUUGGACGGUGUUUUGCAGAACAUCCAUAGCGGAUCCGGCUAUUCCAGAUAAUCCCUCGUUUGUUUUCAUGGCGGAAUUUAUGACAUCCAAAGCCAACGGUGUACUCACCUGUGGUCACUUUGCUUUGCAAAACGCAUGCUGGAAGUGAAUUCACACACUGCUCUGGGGGUCCCUUUGUGGUUUUCCUUACACUUAUUGGCAAGGCAAAAGUUUAAUAAGUUUUGUGACGGUUGCUGGCUGGGUGCAGAGGUGAUGGCAGUGAGAGGGCUGAGCCCUGGCACAGCCUCUCCUCUGUCAGAGAGUGUCCUACGAACUGGUGCUAAUGGGGCAGCAGGUCCUCUGAUACAUCAUCCUCUAAUUAGCACAGUG